GGGGUUACUGCUUCAGCUGAUUGCUUGGCUGGAAAUGAGUUAGCUGGAAAAGAAAAAUAGAGGGAAGGGAUAGAAGAGACGGACGUUAAAUUGCCUUUCCAUACAAGGAGAAGUUAGGGGGAGGAAAGGGGAGGAGGGUAACACGAGGAGAUACAAUGAGAGGGAGGAAGGAGGGAGGGAGAAGUUUUUGGAAGGAGAUAAAGGCGGCCCUGCAGAGGGAUACAGGUUGAUAAGGCUGCUCCAGUUCCAGCAGAGGGGAAACGUGACGGAGCCGGGCCCUCCCUGUCAUCGUGCUGCUGCUUCUCUGCCACUUGCAGACUGAUCCAACACAGAUGAUGUCAUCAAAGCACCUGACCUGCGGCUGGCUGCAGAAGCUGCUCGUUGUGCUCAUGAAGUUCUGUCUCGCCUUUGCUGGGCCGUUGCGGACGUUCAACGGGACACACUGCACGGCCAAGACUCCCGCAUCCUACAUCCUGGUCUUUACAGGUCACUGGAGCCCACAGGCCUUUCCAAAGCAGUAUCCUCUGUUUCGACCCCCUGCACAGUGGUCCAAACUGAUUGCGGUCACCCAUAAUCACCAUUUUAGGCUGUGGGAGGAGGGUGUUUCAGCCAGUCCAGGGGUGCAGAGCUUUGCUGAACUUGGGGUGACAGUGGAGCUGAUGAAGGCGGCCAAGGAGGCGAGGAAAAAACGCUCUGUUGGAGCCAUGUACCGAACGGCUGGUAUUCCCCAUGGUYUUGGGCACAGCUCCACCGAGAUGGUCGUCCAGCCCCGGAACCCACUGCUGUCCCUGAUGGUGAAGAURAUCCCCAGCCCUGACUGGUUUGUUGGUGUGGAUAGUCUGAAUCUCUGUGAGGGGAACCACUGGAAACAGGAAGUGACCGUCGACCUCCAGCCUUAUGAUGCAGGGACAGACAGUGGAUUCACUUUCUCCUCUCCAAACUUCCCCWCCAGCCCCCAAGAAAACAUCACACAGAUCACGUCUCAGAUGCCAAACCACCCAGCCAACUCCUUCUACUACCCUCGGCUAAAGGAGCUUCCACCUAUCGCCAGCAUUAAACUCACCCAACAGCAUCGACUCCCUGACCGCCAAAACGCUGUGUCUAAUCARAUUCUGCCCAACUUUAUCGUUCCUCAGCGCUUCUCAGAAACACCUCUGGACUGUGAAGUCUCUCUCUGGUCAUCUUGGGGUCUGUGUUUGGGUUCUUGCUCCAAAGGAGGCGUUCGCCAUCGCACGCGCUACAUCCUGUUGCGGCCAGCYAAUGCUGGCAGCCCCUGUCCUGAGCUGGAGGAACAAGAUGAAUGUGCUCCCCACAGCUGUUUGAAGAAACGGCAGUAAUCAACAGUGCAGAAGCUCAAACAAUUUCUUGGGCGCRGAGACUUUCAUGUUAUUACUGCAGGACGGAGUAAAGGGUGCUGUGUUUUUUCUGUUUAUUUGUGAAGUCUAGAACACACCCUGUGGGUGUUGCCUUUAAAAUACACCUUACUGGGUGUAUUUUAGAGGUAAUAGGAGGAAACAGAAGUCUGCUGGUCGAACUGACUGACUCAAAAAUAACAGCUCAAUUCUUCAUCGGUGCAAUUUAGGUUUUUUUUUUUUUUUUACAAUUGCUGGACAAUUUUCUUGCCAAAAAAGUUUCAAUAUUUUGAACAAUGCAAAGAAUAACAAAAUGCAAUGGAUUUAGAAAUUAUCCUAAAACUACAGGAUUAGAAAAAUAGUGCUUCCAUCCUGACAGAAUCUUUGACCUACAAGACUUAGACCUUCUUAGACAGAUUUUCAUCCUCUUAUGUUAACUGACAGCACUGAAGCAGUUUUGGUCAAACCUUGAAAAUAAUAUWACAAUGUGUGUAAGUAUGUGUUGUGAAUGACUCUCAGCUACUACCACAUCAGAUCUUAGCUCAYUGUAAAAUAAACUGGGUUUUGGUUUCCUUUGUGGCAGCCAACCUGAAUCAGGCUGACUCCAAACUUUAACUGGUUUUCAGAUGUACAUCUUAGAUUAGUUUCCCRAAGUUUUAUUAAAUUUUGUCCAGUGCUCACGAGAUAUUUUGCUAACAGACACACGCACGAACAAUAAACGUGACAUCUCCUGGUCAUACAAGACAGCACGUUUUACAACUGGGUCAGGAGGUCUCAACAUUUUUAACAGCAGAUUUUUUUGUGUUGGGUACAAAUUAAAAUWAAAAAAAWGCUUUUAAAUCUGGAACAUCCAAACCCUGUUUCCCAAAUUUUACCAAGUGUCGCUAAAAGAUGUGUUGUGAAACCAGCUGCUGCUGGCAUCAAAAUAAAAAGGAAACAUARUUAUUUAAAAUGUUCAUAUUUUUUUUAAAUUUGACACGUUGUUGUUUGCAUUUCAAGUGGAACCAGACACUCUUACAUGAAUGUGCACAGAAAUGUGGAGGUAGUUGAACAUGCUGCAUACCGCUCCAGGCAUGGAGGCAUUCGUUUACAGAGAUAACCUAAACAUGUCUGGCAUGUAAAACUCUUUCAAAAUAACCGUAAGCCCCAUGUCAUAAAUAUCACCUGUCAUGAAAAUGGACUAAUAGGCUGAGUUAAACCACAGAGCUUGUUCAAAAGAACAUUGUACGAGAUUCUUAAAAAAAUUGCAAAAAAUAUGUUUUCUUUUAUUACAUUUUUGUACAUAGCCUGUUGUAUGAUGGAGCUUGUAUCUCUUCAUUUUUUUCAAAUAAUAAAAAACAUAAAAUCUG